GGCCGGAGCGCGGCCGCGGAGCUAGAGCAGAGCAGCCCCCCCGGCGCUGAGACGAUGGCGACCAGCCCGCUGCCCGGCCCCACCGAUAUCUUGCUGCCGUCGCCGUCCAGCGCGUACCCGCCGGACCCCAUGAACCAGCCGAGGGCCGGCCACGCCGCCAUGAAGCCCAACCAGGUGGGGCAGGUGAUCCUCUACGGCAUCCCGAUCGUCUCCCUGGUCAUCGACGGGCAGGAGCGGCUGUGCCUGGCGCAGAUCUCCAACACCCUUCUCAAAAACUUCAGCUACAACGAGAUCCACAACCGGCGGGUGGCCCUGGGCAUCACCUGCGUGCAGUGCACGCCGGUGCAGCUGGAGAUCCUGCGGCGGGCCGGGGCCAUGCCCAUCUCCUCCCGCCGCUGCGGCAUGAUCACCAAGAGGGAGGCAGAGCGGCUCUGCAAGUCCUUCUUGGGGGAGAACCGGCCCCCCAAAUUGCCGGAUAACUUCGCUUUCGACGUAUCGCACGAGUGCGCCUGGGGAUGCCGCGGGAGCUUCAUCCCGGCCCGCUACAACAGCUCCCGGGCCAAGUGCAUCAAGUGCAGCUACUGCAGCAUGUACUUCUCGCCCAACAAGUUCAUCUUCCACUCCCACCGCACCCCCGACGCCAAGUACACCCAGCCCGACGCCGCCAACUUCAACUCCUGGCGCCGCCACCUGAAGCUGACCGACAAGAGCCCCCAGGAUGAGCUGGUCUUCGCCUGGGAGGAUGUCAAGGCCAUGUUCAACGGCGGCAGCCGCAAGCGCGCCCUGCCGCCCGCCCCGCCGGCCCCCGCCGCCGCCGCCCCCGCCGCCUGCCACCCGCUGGGCUCGGUGAAGGCGGCGGCGGUGGUGGGCGGCGGGCUGCUGAGCCCGCACCUCCUGGCCGCCCCGCCCGACCUGCACCAGAAGCGGCCGCGCUUCGAGGAGGACGAGGAGCUGCAGGAGGCGGUGGCGGCGGCGCACGGCGGCAAAAGCCCGCGGAGCUACCCCGUCAUCCCGGUGCCCAGCAAGGGCUCCUUCGGCGGCAUGCUCCAGAAGUUCCCCGGCUGCGGCGGGCUCUUCCCGCACCCCUACGGCUUCCCCGCCGCCGCCUUCGGGCUCUGCCACAAGAAGGAGGAGGGCGGCGGCGGCGAUGCCCUCGGCGGGGCGGCCGCGCACAAAGCCGGCGGGGCGGCGGCGGCGGCGGCGGGCGGCGGGCUCUCGGGGCUCUUCUGGCCGGGCAGGAAGGACGCCGCCUUCUACCCUCCCUUCUGCAUGUUUUGGCCGCCGCGCACCCCGGGCGGGCUGCCGGUACCCACCUACCUGCAGCCGCCGCCGCAGCCCCCCGGCGCCCUGGGAUGCUCGCUGGGAGGGGACGGGGCGGGCCUGCUGCGCCAGGCUUUCCUGGACCUCUCGGAGCCCGGCGGCGAGGCGGGGCCGGCGGGGCUGGGGACGGGGCCGGCGGGGCUGGGGACGCCGCCCGCCGCCGCCCCCCCGUCGGCGCCCGCCGCCCGCCGCCGCCGCCGCCCGCCCGCCGCCGCCGCCCGGGACCCGCUGUUCGAGUCGCCCCCCGGUGGCAGCGCCGAGCCCGCCUCGCCCGCCGCUUCCGACGGGGGCAGCGCCGGUGGGGGCGGGCGGGUCCCCCCGCACCACCCGCACCUGCUGGAGGCGGCGGGCGGGCGCAAGGCGAGCGGCGGGUACCACCACUCCAGCGCCUUCCGCCCGGUGGGCGGCAAGGAGGACUCGGAGAGCCUGGCCAAGCUGCACGGAGGAGGCGGCGGCGGCCCCCCGCGCUCCGCCUCGCCGCUGCAGCUGCUGCUGCCGCCGCCGCCGCCGCCGCCCCCCGAGGACGCGGGAUACGAGAGGCACCCGCAUCCUCCGCACGCCGCGCACCGCCUCCUCUCCCCCGGAGGCACUAGCUGCAGCUUCGCCAGCGAAGAGAGCAGCGAGGAGGAGGAGGACGAGGAGGAGGAAGACGAGCCCGAGGUGGACGUCGAGGGGCACAAGCCCCCCGAGGAGGAGGAAGAGGAUGAGGAGGAGGAGGGCGAGGAAGAGCCCCGCGGCGGAGACCCCUUGGCGGCCGGCGGCCGCUUUCCACCCGCCCGCGGUCUGCCGGAGAAGGGCGGCCGGGAGCGCCUCGCCGCCGGCCCCUUCCCCCGUCCGCCCGUCGAGGAGAAGCCGGGGGAUGGUCAAACCCCACCGCAGCCGCCUGCCGGGGCCCCGCGGGCGGGCAGCGGCGGCAGCAGCCCGGCACAUCACCCGGCGCCCGAGGAGCAGCCCCUCUACAAGGAUAACCAGAAGAGCAAGGAGGGUAAUCAGGUCAUCUUGCCUACGAAAGAGGACACCUUCUCAGAUAAGAACAAGGAGCAUAAUUUUUUCAUCACAGAUUCAGAGCCUUCAGGAGGAGACUUCUGGAGAGAUAUAGCAGGAGAACACACACAAGAAACUAAUUCACCUCAUUCUCUGAAGAAGGAUGUGGAAAAUAUGGGGAAAGAGGAGCUCCAGAAGGUUCUGUUUGAGCAGAUCGACCUACGGAGGAGGCUGGAACAGGAAUUCCAGGUGUUGAAAGGAAACGCAUCUUUCCCAGUCUUCAACAACUUUCAAGAUCAGAUGAAGCGGGAACUGGCGUACAGAGAAGAAAUGGUGCAGCAGCUACAAAUCAUUCCCUAUGCAGCAAGCUUGAUCAGGAAAGAAAAGCUCGGUGCACACCUCAGCAAAAGCUAAAGAAGCACAGGAGCUUUUGCAGCUGUUACCUUAUAAGUUAUAACCCAGUCAGAAACCUGACUUGUAUAUAGACUGUGAAAUGGAAGUGUU